UAUGAGGCGGGACUAACACACUUAGCUUGGGUUACCAAAUUAGCCUACUAUUACUAUUACCAGGUCAUUUUAUUCUCUAGAUCAAGUUUUUUUAAGUGAACACGAGGUCAUUUCUCCGGGUUCUGUGGUGAUUUGCAUGCUACAGGCAGCAUGGAUGAGUAACGUGGAAGUCUGUCGCAAACCAGGAAGCCGCUUUAUUGUCUCUGAAGAACAUCGAAGACUAAUCUGUCGAUGGCGCACACUUACAUUUUUCGCUCACUGUAAGGAGUUUUAAUGUUAAAAAGUCAUGCGAAUUUGGCGGUUCACGUGUUUUUCACUCCUUUUUGGGUUUUUGCUGUCGUCGGUCCCGGAGCUCACAGGCAGUGCAGAGCUCAAAAUUGCUGUUGAAUUUGGCACAACCAUACGCAUUAAUACCAGUGCCGGCAAAACCCCACAGUGCAAAGUUUGUAUCAGACCGAACACACAACAGUUGUGCCAGUCGUCUGUGGUCCUCAGAAGUGACACGCUUUUGGAUUUCAGCUGCUCACAGCCAGAGAAUGUGUUCACCGUGCAGAUCAUCAGCGAUAAUGUGAUAUAUAACAUUGAACCCAAAGAACACAAGGCCUUGCAAAAGUUCAAUCGCACCUUCAUCUGGAAUCUGAAGCCACCAGCUACAAAGAGCUUACAUUUAAAUUUCAGUAGUACUGGUUUACUGCAGAUUCAGCCCACAGACAGCUGCCCAGACAAACACGUUUACAUGCUCGCAGUGGAGAAUGUCAGCAUUGGAAGGUUUUGUCAGAAUGGAACUAUUAGGCAAGUCGAUGUGCGUAAUGCUGGAAAACUGUCUUUGGAAGUGUCUGGAGGUCGAGCUCUGGACAAGAAGUUUAUCGGUGUGUCACUGGGACGUCUCAUUAACUCACUGGCUAAUUUCCAUGUUGUGCUCCCAGAGAAGAGUUCAACCCAGGAUUUCUUUGCCCCAAACGCUUUUCCUGAAAAUACAGAGACAAUGUGGUAUUUUACCGUUCCCCAAACAUACUACACUGAUGUGCACAUUCUGAGCUACACUGUUCCAACAUGCCUCCAACCUGAAAACAUCCCUACAAUGAAGUACACUUGGCAGGGCAAAGAGCCUCUGGUGAAACUGAUGAAUGUAAGCCAGCCGUCGGUGGAGCCUGGAAACUUUAACCUCUCCAUAAAGAACUGCAAAAUGUCUGGGCCACAGCCUCCGUCACAAGGCCUAAUGGUGCACUUCCAGAUCUCUGCCAUCAAGAGAAGCAAGGGCCUGCAUGGCAUCCCCAAAGCACAGGAGGAGGAGGAGGAUCCUCACACUUACGUGUACAUCGAUGAAACUCUAGUAUAUAGCCAUCUGCUUAACUAUGAUGCUGAAAAAGAAGAAUAUAAAGAAGCCACUACAGAUGAGAGUGAUCCACCUCUGAGUGCCCCAGCUUUACCAGUCAGAAACGCUGAAAACCUCGUCACUAAAAGCAACGCCUUGCUUGACAAUGAGCUCUGUGGUUACGUUCAGGGACAAUCAACUACAUCUGGCUCACCGAAGACUUCCGAAGAGGAAGGGAACUAUGAAACCAGACUGUGUGUGUGA